GCGUUCGGUUUGACAGCUACGAUAUUGUUUUCUUUUUCAUAAGACCUGGGUUAUAGUUUUCAUCGGUGCGGUGAAUUGAAAUAUUAUUUUGAUUAGAAAACAUAGAAAAUAUGUCAGGCAGUAGACUGUUCCGGCGGAAUCGAGCGCUCGGUUUCGUUACCAACCAUGUACCGGCCUGUAUUCGAUACAUUCGCCGAAGGAAAGAAAAUGUGAUUGUGACCUGCAUCGGUCGGCUAUUCCACACGUACAGUUGUGAUCAUUUCCGUUUAAUCUGUGUGUCCGGCAUUCAUCCGGAGGAUAUAACAUGCAUAGCAUCGGAUAAUUAUGUCGUGUACGCUGCUAGUGCUAAGAACAUUUACGCUUGGCGAUCGGGAAAUGUUAUCAAACAUGUGUACAAAGGCCACCGCAGCAACGUUCACUUGAUGCUACCAUUCGGAGCACAUCUUGUGUCGAUUGAUGAGGACAGUAAUUUGAAGGUUUGGAACAUUAAAUUGGCCGACGAAUACUUGGAUCUGCCGUUCAAAAAUGACGAAUUCAAAAUAUCGGCCGUGAUGCAUCCACCAACGUAUUUGAACAAAAUCUUACUGGGAAGCGAACAAGGUGGCCUGCAAUUGUGGAAUAUCAAAGACUGUCGCCUGGUGCAUACGUUCGAGAGUUAUGGCAACAAAAUCACAUGCCUCGAAGCAGCGCCAGCUGUGGACGUGGCUGCUAUCGGCCUAAUCACCGGACGAAUUGUGCUGCUCAAUCUGAAGUUCGGCAAACAACUGAUGGAAUUCAAUCAGGAAUGGGGAGCAGUCACAGGCAUAACAUUCCGAACGGACGGUCAGUCGAUAAUGGCAACGUCAAGUACAAAUGGGAAAAUUGUAUUUUGGAAUUUGGAUGAAAUGAAGGUUACGAGCCAACUUUUGGCACACCAUAAAUCGGUGACGACGCUCAAGUGUUUGUCCAAUGAGCCACUUGUAUUUACCACAUCACCCGACAAUACAAUGAAACUGUGGAUAUUUGACAUGCCAGACGGCGGAGCUAGACUGCUUAGAGUCAGGGAAGGACAUUCAGCACCUCCGCAAUUCGUUCGCUACCACGGAAUCAACGGACAGAACAUUUUGUCAGCAGGAGAAGACUCGUCGUUGCGCAUUUUCAAUACAAUGACCGAAACACUCAACAAAAGUAUGGGACGAGCGAGUUACAAUCGUAAAGCAUCGAAAAGGAAAAAUAAAUUCGAAGAAGAUUCGCUGCUGAUGCCACCAAUAACAUUCUUUGCCAGCGAAACGACUAGAGAUAAAGAAUGGGACAGUAUAGCGGCUGUGCAUAGUGGCCUAGUGAUGACAACAACUUGGUCAUUUGACAAAUGCCGAAUGGGAGACUUGAAAAUUGUACCCGAAAAGUUUCAUAACAAAAAUCGGACCGAUUUUGAAUCGGAAGCGGUGUGUCUGUGUUUGACGCAAUGCGGAAACUUCGUUGUAAUUGGAUAUUCGUCUGGUGACGCUGAACGCUUUAACAUGCAAUCGGGGAUACAUCGUGCAACGUAUGGUAAUCCAGCACACAGCAGUGCCGUACGAGGAGUGCAUUGUGACAAUCUGAAUCAGUACGUAAUAACCGGAGGCAGCGAUGGAUUGGUUAAAUUCUGGAAUUUCAAAGAAUCGAAUACUGUGUCCGGUGUGCUGGACAUGAACGACGGCGUUCGAAUGUUUCGAUCACACCGCGAGAGUGCUAUGCUGUGCGUGGUGCUGGAAGAAUUCUCCAUUGCCAUUGUUGAUUGUGACACUAAAAUAGUGGUUCGUAAGUUUGAAGGUCACACCGGACCGAUUACCGAUGCAUGCUUCAGUCCGGAUAGUCGAUGGUUAUUGACAUCGUCAAUGGAUUGUACAAUCAAAGUCUGGGACAUUCCGUCGUCUUAUUUGAUCGACCAUUUUAAGCUGGAAACAGCGUGCAUCUCUUUGACAAUGUCACCGACUGGCGAUUUCUUAGCAACAGCUCACGUUAACUAUCUGGGACUGUUCAUUUGGGCCAACAAAACCUUGUUCAGUCACGUAUCGUUGCGCUCAAUCGAUCCUCACUCAGAAGCCCCACUCUUAGAACUACCAUCGACCGAAUCGAGUGAUGGAAAGUUGCCAGAAAUCGAAGAACUGUCGCUGGACGGAGAAAAAUUGGACAUGGAUUAUGACUCACCGUUGCAGUUGGACAGUGAUUUAGUGACCAUGUCGACUGUGGCUUUAUCGAAAUGGCAAAAUUUGCUCGAUUUGGAUCUCGUAAAAAAGCGCAACAAACCGAAAGAUCCACCAAAAACCCCGAAACAAGCACCAUUCUUUCUACCAACCGUUGCCGGUCUGGAUUUGAAAUUCGAUGUGCCCAACGAAGUGAACGACGGCAAGACGAAAUUGCUGAUGCCGGACAAUUUUCACAAUUUGACGAUAUUCGGCAAAAAACUGGAGGCGUCCAUCGAAUCGGGUAACUAUCAGGAAAGCGUCGACCAUUUAAUGAAUCUGGGUCCGUCGAUGAUAGACUUUGAGGUGAAAUCCAUACAUCCGGAUGGUGGUGGUUCCAUUGGAGUUAUGCUUCAGUUUAUGAAAAUGAUCGAGUACAUGUUCAACACGAAUGUGAACUUUGAAUUGGCACAGACAUUUCUGGGCAUAUUUCUGAAAUGUCACGGCCGGACAGUAGCUGAGACGAGUGAAUUGAAGGCAGAGUUGAACGAAUUGCAGGAAGCUCAAUCCAAGGGCUGGUCGACGUUGGAGGAUAAGCUAUUGUAUGGACUUGGUGUUGUAGCCAGUUUACGGAAUUUUUCAAAUUAAAACAGAGGUGCGUUUGGUACGAAAAUUUUUGUAUUUUUUUUGCUUCAAAAAAGCGCUUCCUUUUUCAUCGCAAAACAUUUCUCCUUCUUCUCUUUUCGUAACAAAAAUAAAUAGAAAAGAAAUUUGCCCGGAAUCAUAUUGUGUAUCACCAAAAUCACUCGAAUUGUAAACUCUGACGAUAGUCUUGAUUCAAGGAAAGAACGGCAAAACAUGCACACGCACUAAUACUCACUUAAACGUAAAAUUCUCAG